UUGGUUUUCUUAAUGUCGACCAACGUAGAGAGCGGAGCCAUCGUGGGUGGUGACACGAUAGUGAAAGGUGGACUUCAAGCUGAGCAUGAUGAUGAUGAUGUUGAUAUCGAUUUGGAUGCUGCUGCUGCUGGUGUUGAUGAUGAUGAUAUUAUGGAAAUGCAACAUAAAAUACAAGAAUUGGAAGAUGAAGCCGAACGGUUAAGGCAAAUGACUGAACAAGGAGCUACAGGAGACGGUGAUGGUGUUUCUGAUCAUGAAAAUGUGGAAAUGACUGCUGAACAACAAGCAGCUCAAAGCCCGGAGCAGGAUAAGCGAUCUGUUUAUGUUGGAAGUGUUGAUUAUGGCGCUGCACCGGAGGAGCUACAGGAACACUUUAAAAGCUGUGGUCCAAUACAACGGAUAACGAUAAUGGUUGAUAAGUAUAGUGGGCAUCCGAAGGGUUUCGCGUACAUUGAAUUCGGAGAUGAAGCUGCAGUCCAGAAUGCUCUCUUAUUGAAUGAUACUAUGUUCCGAGGCCGACAGUUGAAGGUGUUGCAGAAACGCACCAAUUUGCCCGGCUACAACGCCAAGGGCGGUAAAGGAUGGGGAAAGGGUAAGGGUUAUUAUGGGAGGGGAUGGUACGGUAGCUCGAAGGGUAAAGGGAGCAGCAAGGGCAAGGGAAAGGGCGGCAGCAAGGGGUGGUCCCCGUAUUAGAAGGCGAGAGUGUUCAUGUUGAUGGUUUUGCUGAACAUAAUUGUGGAUAAUAAGAAGAGAGGAUAAAAUAUAUUAAGAGGUUGCGUAAAAGAAAAGA